UUGCCAGUCCUAUUUGUCUCAGCCUUCCUCAUUUCUCUUGGCUUCACUUUCAUACUCUUGGGAUGUGCUCUACCUGUCUUCAACGUUUGGUGGCCAAUGUUUUUGCUUAUCUUUUACGCAGCUGCGCCUAUACCUCUUCUUAUUGAUAUUAGUCGCUCCUCUAGUGACUUUUUUUCAUCACAAACAUCCUUUCAUAAUAUGACUCUGUUCAUUACGGCCAUAAUUAUAUUUUCUUCGUAUGCUUUUCCAGUUACCCUUGCCAGAAACCCUGCAGCUAACCCUACUAUAAAAUGGGGUUCAUGUGGGCUACUUCUAGCAGGAAAUACCAUUAUAUUCCCGACAAUCUUUGUCGUCAUGUCCUUUAUCUGCAAAGAUCAUUCUGACUCGUGGUUUUAA